AUGGAGGUCUAUGUCAAUGACAUGCUCGUGAAGAGCAUCAGAGUAUCCGACCACAUCUCGGACCUCGGAGAGACUUUCUCGAUCCUCCGGAAGUAUUGUAUGAAGCUGAACCAAGCUAAGUGCACUUUUAGUGUCGAGUCAGCUAAUUUUACUGCUCCGGACUGCGGACACGGAAGAAUCAAUUUGGAGAUAUCAUCAAGUUCAAUGUCGAGCCCCAUUGUCCCCCCAGCCCCUUCUCUUUUAGAGGACACUGGGGCGGAAGUGAGAUCUGAUAGAUGGACCCUGUUCCUGGACGGGUCAUCCAAUUCAAAGCGAGGAGGAGAAGGGAUCAUCCUGGUCGCACCCAACAUGACUACCAUUCAAUAUGCAAUCAGGCUCGGUUUUAAAGCAUCAAACAACGAGGCAGAAUAUGAAGCCCUAUUGGCCGGGCUCAGAUUGGCCAUCAGCCUGGGAGUCCAGUUCAUUGAUGUCCGAUGCGACUCCCAACUCGUUGUGAACCAAGUUUUAGUAGAGUACGAGGCGAAGGAAGAAAGGAUGAUAGCCUACCUGGACGAAACCCGAAAAAUAAUGAGGAAAUUCAAGGAUUGCAUCAUGAGCCAGAUACCAAGGGUUGAGAACUCUUGGGCCGAUGCCCUCGCAAAGUUAGCCUCGGUGAUUAAAGGGAAUAUCCCUAGGAUUGUCUCUACGGAGUUCGUAGAUAAGCCGAGCAUCGGCCAAGCCAACCAAGAAACCAUCAACCCGAUGCAAGUGACUACGAGUUGGAUGAAUCCUAUCUUCAAAUACCUCACGAGUAGAGAGGUCCCACAAGAUCGUCUAGAAGCUCGACGUCUAAGGGUCAGGGCAACACUGUAUAUGAUCAUGGGCGACACGUCAUACAAAAAGGGUACUCUCAGUCGUACCUUGGAUGUCUCCAACCAGAUGAAGCAGAAUACGUGA